AUGCCACAGAGAUUAUGCACGCCUACCUGGGCAGUGGACUGGAGGUCCUGUCUGACAAAGGUGGCCGGGAGGAGUUUCGCUGCGAUAUCCUCGAGACACCCACAAUGUUCGAUGGAGUGUGCGAGGUCUCCGCAGGAACUCCUGCAGGAUACUACAACUUCACCUACGUCCUCCAAGAUGCCAAGACCGGCGAGGGCUAUGGCAGGAAUAGUUGGGAGGCCCGUUGCAGCGAGCGGACUUCCCCUAGAGAUUAGUUCGACAGUAGAGGUAAUCAGUGUCCCAAAAUCCUAA